AUGGGGCGGUGACUCUCGGGUUAUUGCCCAUUUCAUCAUCAACGCUUCGCUUGUCGAACUCGGGGUGGGAACCAUGGUCAGCACACCAAGUUCAGGAUUUGGGUCAGGGGAUCAGGGGGUUCAGGCUCUGGUGCCCCUUGAGAGAAACGCGGCAGAGGAUGACCACCUGGCUCUGGGAAGAUGCAACAGUUGGCUUCGCUUGGAAAGUGGUUUCUUGGCUCUGUUGGAACAGGUUUUACUCCUCAUGUGAUUAUUAUUCAACCAGGAGAGGAUGUUGCUGCCAGGAUAAUGGCCUUUUCACAACAAGGCCCAAGGGCAGUGUGCAUCAUUUCAGCAACUGGAGCUGUUUCUACAGCAACCCUUCAUCAGGAUUCAGACUCUGGUGGUGUGGUUACAUAUGAGGGUCGAUUUGAGAUCCUGUGCCUUUCUGGGUCAUACUUGGUGCUGGAUGAUGGUGGCACCCGGACCCGAAGUGGAGGGCUAUGCAUAGCUUUAUGUGGCCCUGACCACAGGGUUAUGGGUGGCAGUGUAGGUGGAGUCCUGACAGCUGGGACAGUUCAGGUGAUAGUGGGGAGCCUCAUGUAUGGCGGUUCGAAGAAAAACAAAGCUAAAGCCGAGCUAGACAUGGAGCACGAGGAGGUGAAUGCUGGCGAGGCUGCAAUGGCGUUGCCAGAGCACAACAUGCCCCCUCACGCGAUGAGCGGAUGGGCCUCCUGGCAUGAUGAGGCAGAUGGACUUGAGGACCUCAAACAUCGAUAUCAACUCGAUCCGUGAGUAGGUUGGGUAAGGCGGGUGGGAAGAGCUGAGCUGAGGUCACAGGCACAGCAUAUGCAUGCACUAACUUCCCUCCAGGUGCGAGAAGAGUUGUCGUGGUUGCUGUGUUAAUUAGGAACCCCACAUAUAUAUCACAUAAAUGGUGAAAUUAUUAUGGUGUAGUACUAGUACUUGGAUGCUGCUGUGUGAGAUAAUGCAUUCUAUGUAUGCUUGGAGAAGAGUGGAUAUUGAGGUGGUGGUUUAGUUCUCGUUCCUACUGUGGAUGCAUUGACGAAUCUCUGUGUAAGGAAUGGGAAUCCUGCACGAGAGAAUCGUGUUUUGAUUUGAUCUA